AUGUUAAACUUUUCAGGGCAGACUAAAAGAAGAACUGUUAAUUUAGGUAAUAAUCGGAAUUUAGGAUUUGGUAAUGGUAAUUUUUUACAACAAUCUAAACUUCAAAGAGAUGAAAGGCAAGAAGCAAGAAUUAGAGAAAAAUCUAUUCAAUUAUUAGAAACAAAUAUUAUAAAUUAUUUGAGAAUUUCGAAUGAAAAUCAUAUUAUACUUCUGCAAUGGAAGAAUAUAACAAUAAGUAAUCAAGAUCAAUGGGGAGAAUAUAUUUUAAAUUUUAUAGCUUUAUCAAGAUGGUUUGCAACUCGAAAUCUGGAAAUAGAAACUUUAAUACUAAGUAGACUUCAAGAUCAACUAAAGAGUACUGCACAAUUGGAAUUACCAAAACUGGCUGUAAAUUUACUUGGGAAUUACCUUACAUCGAUUCUAGAUAAUCAUAGAGUUAGCUACAGAAACAAAUUUAUACUGUUUGAGAUACUAAGAACCUUAUUUGACAGAUACUCAUUUACAAGUCCUCAACAAUUACAAAAUAUUGCAUAUAUACUAAUGGAUUACUCAGACACUCAAACAGAAAAGGAAUCACUCGAUCUUUUAAAUUAUAUGUAUGCUGUUAAUGAUAAUAAUGGUGAUCCAGCAUAUAUUAAACCUUUCAUUCAAGUUCUUAAUGUUUACGAUUAUCAAAAAGCUAAUGAAUACUACUUAUCAAUACUACGAAAAGUGUUUAGUACUCAACCAAUUGAUUGUCUUAAAAGUUUUAAAGGAUCGCCACAAUUUGAUUUUUUCAGCAGAAUUUUAACUAAUUUUUUAGUCAUUCAUGGAAAUCGACCAAUUGGUCAAGAUUAUUAUCAUUUACUACUGAUCCUUCUAAUCUAUAAUGAUUCAGUGAUCAUAGAAGAAUCUGAUGACAUUGAAAUAAAUCCCAACGAAAAAUCAUACCUAGAAGAAAUAAUACGGUGGGAUCCACUUUAUACAUCUGAAUUUUUACAAGGUUUAGUACAUUAUUUUGAGAUUGAUAAAUCAAUGGCUUUCAUUCUUUUAUUUAAAUUAAGUACAAUUCGACCAUCAAUGAAACAAAAAAUUUAUUUACAAUUAUGUGUAAAUCCUAAAAAUAUUUCAUUAUUAUUUGAAAAUUUUUCAAAUGAUAUAUAUUUUAAACAAAUACUACGAUUUGAUGGAGAAUUAAUACCAAAAAAUGAAAUUGAAGAAACAGCACAACUGAAAUUAUUUUGGAAUAAAUGUUUAUUUUUUGAAGAAGUUUAUUCAUAUUGGUUAAUAAUUUCAAAUGAUGGAGAAUUUUUUGAAAAAUCAGGACUUAAUAAAAAUGAUGUUAUUAAUUUAUGUAAAUUAUUAAAAUCAAUUUGUUUAACAUCUGUUGAAUCUGAAGCUGGUAAAUUUGUUUCAUUAUAUCAUCAAAUAAUGAAAAAAGAUGAUUUACAAUCACAAUCUUUAAAAUUAAUUGAUCAAUUAUAUUUAAAAAACCUUAGAUUAAAAUUUUUAUCAACAAAUUUUUGGUUAACAAAACUGUAUAAUUAUAAUAUUGAUAAAUUUAUAGAAUAUGCUAUUGAAGAUUAUGAAAAUCAAGAUAGUGAUGAUGAAAUAGGAUUUUAUGAUCAAAUAACACCAAAAAGACCUUUAAUUUAUACAAAAAUGAUUAAAAUAUUAUUUAAUACUCCUUAUUUUAUACCUUUCAAUGAAAGAGUUAAAAUAUUUCAAACAUUAGUUGAAAAAGAUAGAGAUAGAAUAACUCCGAAUUUUUUUAUGCAAGAAACUCCAAAAUUAGGUGCCAAAAUUAGAAGAGAAAAUUUAUUUGAAGAUGCAUUUAUAUCGUUUGGUAAUACUGGUGAUCAAUUUAAACAUAGAAUUCAAGUUGAAUUUUUUAAUGAAUAUGGACCAGAAGUUGGAAUUGAUGGAGGUGGAAUAACAAAAGAAUUUUUAACAAGUGUUGUAUUAGAUGGAAUAAAUCCAAAAUUAGGAUUAUUCCAAAUUACAACUGAUAAUCAAGUAUAUCCAAAUGAAGAAAUUUAUUAUAAAUUAAGAUUACAAAUUGAAAAAGAUAUACAGUCAUAUAAAUUAGAAUUUUUAAAAUUUUUAGGAAUGUGUGUGGGAAAAUGUUUAUAUGAAAAUGUUUUGAUUGAUGUUUCAUUUGCUCCAUUUUUUUUAAGUAAAUCAUGUAUGAGUAAUUUUAAAAAUUCAAUAAAUGAUUUAAAUUAUUUAGAUCCUGAUUUAUUUAAAAAUUUAACAAGAUUAUCAGAUAUGACAAAUUUAGAAUUAGAAAAUUUAGAUUUAAAUUUUAGUAUUGAUAUUAAAAUUGAUCUGACGACGUAUAAUAUUGAGUUGAUAAAUAACGGUUCAAAAAUAAAAGUUAAUAAAUCAAAUGUUCAAUAUUAUUUACAUAAAUUAGCAGAUUUUAAAUUAAAUCAAUCAUUGUUUCCACAAACAAAAUAUUUUUUAGAAGGUUUAUUUACAAUCAUACCAAAAAAUUGGUUGAAAUUAUUUGAUUGUUUUGAAUUACAAAUGCUUAUUUCUGGAGGUGAAAAAGAUAUAAAUAUAAUUGAAUGGCAAAAUAAUGUUGAAUAUGGAGGAUAUUUAGAAAAUGAUAAAACAAUAAAAUUAUUUUGGGAAAUUAUACAAGAAUUAAACAUGGAAGAAAAAUCGAAAUUAAUAAAAUUUGUUACAUCAGUUAGUAGAGCUCCUUUAUUAGGUUUUAAAACUUUAAAUCCAAAAUUUGGUAUUAGAAAUUCAGGAAAUGAUAAAGAUAGAUUACCAACUGCUUCAACUUGUGUUAAUUUAUUAAAAUUACCUGAUUAUCAAAAUAAAGAAAUUAUGAAAGAAAAAUUAUUAUAUGCUAUAAAUACAGAAGCUGGGUUUGAUUUAUCUUAA